CGAACAUCAUUUUGAACAUAGUUUCGGCGGUACGCCUGUUCAAAUCUGCCGCUCUUCUCACGGAAGACAAAUCGGUUUGGUCCCUUGCUUUGUCCUCAUAUCGAGCGAGAUAUGAGGCCCGCGAACAUGGAAUCGCCUAUCCUUUCUGGGUAGGCCUCGUAGGGGAGGAGAGCGAUGCUGUACUAGCAUGUCUAGCAGAGCCAUGCUGUGUCAUGCAUUCUAGGGUCAAAAGUUCCUACUACUUCCUAUGUGGUUCACUAACGAGCUAGCGGAUACGCCCCCUCCUAUGGUUCUCUACCCGAGCCAAAAUUCGACAAUACAGAGUAUGGCAUCCCUACAAGAAGAUCUUGGGGAAAUAUGGCGUUCGCUGACGAAAGUCAGAAUUGUUGGAUGGUUCCGACGCCUUCGUCGCAAAAGGAGAACGGGGUUCGAGUCCCUUCCCUCAUGGGAGCCGUCCAUGAACCUAUGGUUCUCUAAAGUGCAUCACUUUCAUCACCCCUUUUUCGAGUCCCGACUAGCUAGAGGAAGAAGUAUAUGUGCGAUUAGUAGCAUAUCUCAUGGUAGGCCAAGCACAAGGUAUAGCAUUACCGUAGUGCAACCGCUGGCCGGUAAUGCGGGAGUCAACAACACGGUAAUUAACGUCUAGAUACUCUGACUUUUCGUUGAUGCUCAGGUAUGCUCGAAAUCGACUGCGUCAAAUCCACUCUGACGCGUCCGACGCCCAACACGUUUAGCAUUCGGCUCGCUGGAACAGCUCGG